AUGAUUUUAGAAGAUAACCAAAAUGUCAUCAAACCAAGGAAUAGUCGAGCAGCUCGGCCUAAAGUUGUUUAUCAAUGGACUGUACAAGAUGUUCAAAAAUGGUUUCGACGUCAUUGCUAUGAUUAUUAUGUUUUAUAUGGAGAAAAGUUCUUGCAGCAUGAAAUAAUUGGACGCGCUUUAAUAAGAAUAAAUGAAAACCAACUGUAUCGUAUGGGCAUUAUAAAUCCAGAUCAUAGUCAAGACAUUUGUCGUGAAAUACUUAAACUACGUCUUAAAACUUAUAUUUUAGAGUUUAGAGAUCUGGAACGGAACAAUCUUUAUGAUUAA